AUUCCCCUCUCAAUUAUUCGUCACUCUGUUCGCGAGUCGGUUAAUUUCCCAUGGAGUUCAGGUACAGAGCCGGCGACCUGCCGGGGGGAUCCUCCCGCCACGAGCCUUCACCCUUCGCCGCCGCCAUGCCUCAUUCGGCAAUUCGAGGUGUUCCGCCGAGCGUCCAACUGAUGACGGACGAGAUACUCCAUCAGGAACUGGAGAAGGCGCGGGUGUGGCAGGAGAUACUCGCGGAGGAGAUCGAGCGGCGUAAGGAGGUUAUGAGGGCGGAGUUGCGUCGGCAGAUGAUCGGGGAGAGAGAUCCGGAGCCCGCGAUUUCGCACGUGGCAGUCGACGGCGGAGUCGGGCGCCCGACGUAUCCGGUACGGCCGCCGGAGCGCCGUUUCAUUAUUCCUUCUCCGAAACCGACGACGCCUGAGGUCAGGCCUCCUUCUGCCUCGGUCGCGGAACCUAACAAAGCGGGGAAGCUGCCGGACUGGAUUCGGGACCUCGGACAAGAAAACGAGAAUUCCGAUCUCGGAGGCGGGAAGCAUGAGGAAUCUGAAGCGGGGGAGAAACCCAAGGAAGAUUUAAGGUGCGUGGUGUGCCAGGUGAGUGCUACUUCUCAUAAGCAAAUGAUCGAACACCUUGCGGGCAAGCAGCACGAGGCCAAAUCUCGCUCUUUGGCAGGGAGGAUAAGGAAAAGAGUUGGUUCCCAGAUGCAGAAGAAUCAUGGGAAGCGUGAGAAGUUCAGUAGGAAGUGAAGCCAUUGGGAGAUUAGAAUGUAGAACGUGACCGUCAUUAUGGUGUUUGUUUAUAGUCCUUUCUUUCCCUUAACUGUAAUCUUUUGGUAUUAGUAAUGGGCAGGCAGACUCCGCCGUUUCCUUCCUCCUGUCUUCUUUCUUUUUCAUCACAAGAAGCGAACAGCAGUAUCCACC